AUGUCAAGAUAUAUUGCUGAAAGUGAACUAGAAGAUGGUACUUUUUCUAAUGAGGAUGAUGAUAGUCAAUCAGAUCAUCCAGCUCCAGUAGCUCAUCUAUCAAUCGGAGCUCUUCUCAAAUCCCAAAAACAAGCCAAGAAAUCAACCAAACCUGAAACAAAACCAUCAAAGCCAGCAAAACUAAUCAAAAAAGUUGAACAAUCUUCUGAAUCUGAAUCCGAAUCUGAACCUGAACCCGAACCUGAAUCAAAUCCAUCAUCUUCAUAUCCUAGAAUACAACAACGAACCAAUAAACAUGCACCCAUGGUAAUGUCAAGUAAAAGAUCUGUAACGAGAAGAAGAACAGUAGUCUCAGUACCGAAGCUAGAAAGACGAGAUCCAAGAUUCGAUUCAUUAUCUGGAGCCAUCGAUCCAAGCUUACAUUCAAGAUCCUAUGGAUUUUUAAAAACCGAAAGAAAAUUAGAAUUAGAAACGUUGAGAAAAACCUAUCAAAAAGCUAAAUCUAAACCUGGUACGAUCUCAGAAAUCGAAUUAAAACGAACGGAAGAAUCUUUAAGAAGAGCCGAAAAUUUUGAAAUUCAAAAUGAUAAGAUCGAAAGAGAAAGAGAAGCAUUAAAGAAAUGGAAAACUGAAGAAAAAGCUAAACAACAGGAUGGAAAGAAUCCAUUUUAUCUUAAGAAAACUUUGGUAUCUUAUUGUGACGUUUUGUUAGAGGAACAGAAGGAAGUUAUUCUGGCUGAUCGAUUUGAUCACUUAUCUCAAGAUAAACGCAAGUUACAAAAUGCUGUCGAACGUAAGAGAAAGAAAGUCGCUGGUAAAGAGAAGAAAUCGAUGCCUGCUAAAAGAGCUCGGUCUUGA